AGUACUUCACUCCGAGAGCAUCGAAAUCUAAAAUUUUUAUUAUGAAUUGGUGAUAAUUUUUAAAAUAAGGCUAAUUUAUAGGUGAAGUGAAUCGUUUCCUGCCAACGCAAAGCUCGUCCUCGAAAAAUGGCGAGGAUAUUCGCAAGUGCAUGUUUGGUUAUUGUGUUGUAUGUUUUCAGUGGGGCCAGUGGCCAGAUUGUAGAUAGGAUAUGUGCAACUACCAGGUUUGCCGAACAGUGUCUUCAACUUCAACGCGGUAAUUCGGAAGUCGUAUGUGUCACCGUUCAAGACAGCAUUGAGUGCGCACAACGAAUCCGCAAUGGAACGGCCGAUAUUGGUGUCUUCAGUGCAGAAAGCAUGCUCCAGUUGGCUACGCUAGCCUGGGAUGGUAUAACGGUUGUCCGAGAGUUGAGACACACUGAUCGGCAGCGGGAAACCGUUGAUUUCCGAUCGGUGGUGGUCGUUCCUGCCAACCACCAAGGUGGCUUGGAUGGACUGCGCGGAUCUAAAUUUUGCCAUCCAGGACUACACUACGGUCGCCAGCAGCGUUGGAGCGAACGUUUUCUGAAGCAUUUCGAACGAUCGGUUGCUCCAGCGACAUGUGUCGAGUCCCAGAGUGCGGCCGAAAUUGAGACAGCCGCGCUGGCCGUCUUCUUCCAUUCUGCAUGUCGUCCGGGGAAAUGGUCCAAUGUGCCACAGGAGGAUGCCGAAUUGAAAUCAAAAUAUCCAAACCUCUGUGAGCUGUGCCAGAACCAGGCCCAGUGCAGCUAUGACACUACGACCAUAUCCAACCACCGCGCUGCUCUGCAAUGCCUUCAGACCGGCCGCGGCGAUGUCGCUUACGUAUCCCAACAGGAUGCGCUGGAAUUUUUCGCCUUCAACAACGACAUCAUCGGAAACCAUGGCUUCCUGUGUCCCAACGGCACCGUUGAACCCGUCAAUGGUAAUGCGAACCCCUGUUCGUGGCUCACCCAACCCUGGCCUGUGAUUAUGUCGACGGCAAGUCGUGCCGUGGAAACCGCUACUCGCAUAGAUCGAUGGAUGCGAGGCACUGGUGGAUCGGUGUGGGAGCAAGCGAUUCAAGAGAUCCUGUCUCACGAUAGCCGUACGGCGGUUUCGGUCGGAUCGAUUCAAGCGCCCGUAGAUUAUCUACGUCCGUAUCGGCAAAUACCGCUCGGGUCGGAUCUUUGUCAGACCACCGCCCGCUGGUGUACAACCUCACCCGAAGAGCGCGAUAAGUGCAAUGUUCUGCGGUUCGCUGCGCUAACCACAGGAAUCUUCCCAAUCGUGGAGUGUGUGGAUCCAACCACCAGCAGGAUGGCUUGCCUGAACGACAUCGCUGGUAAUCGGGCGGAUUUCACCGGGAUUGAUUCCAAUUUUGGCUAUCUGGCAAGACACCCAUUCAACUUAACCGCUGCCUUGUUUCAAGAAACAGAAAAGGAGAAGUAUUCAUCGGUCGUAGUUUUGGUUCGUAAUAAUAGUCGUUUCACGCGAUUCGAAAACCUCCGAGACGCUAAAGCCUGUAUUCCUGAAUUUGGUGGAAUAGCUUCGAUCGCAUUCAUCAACGUGGGUCGGACGCGCGGUAUUUUUGACCGUCAUGAAUGUAACUACGGUCGCCUGCUUGGGGAUUUCUUCAGUGACUCGUGUGCACCUGGAUCUCGUGACUCACUCCACGAUCCGCAGGGAGAGAACCCGGAAUCUCUGUGUACGCUUUGCAGAAUACCUAUCCCUCGUUCAUCGCCCUCAGAUGAUGGCGGAGAAGUAAAGGCUCUAACAGACGACGUUGAAGACCAUCCACUGGAGAUUCAAGGAAGACUGGACUUGGAAGGAAGUAUCGCUAGAAAUAUUGAUUGUGGCGCUAACUCACAGAACCCAUUCUACGGCACGAGAGGUGCGCUGAACUGUUUGCGUCAACAGGGAGAAGUGGCCAUCGUGGAGAUCCAAAACCUUGCGGAGCACGCUCGUGCGCUUGGGAUAAAUCCCGACGACUAUCGGAUUCUUUGUCGAAACGGAUCGUUAGCCGCUAACACCGGGUUCCAGGUUGAUGAAGAAUGUCUUUUAACUACGAUUGUUGACGGUGAGAUCGUAGUUAGACGCCACGAUGCCACGAAAACAGCCGGAAUCGUCAAUGCACUCAGUUCCCUGGACGUGUAUCUGCAGAACGAUCCGGAUUUCAAAAUGUACAACAUCUUCGGAGGAGCUAAGAAUUUGCUUUUUGAAGAUUCCGCGCUUGGUUUGGUCUCCCCGCAGCAUGCCGAGCUGGGUCACGCAGUACAGAAUUACAUUCGCUUGUUCGAAAACAUUGAGGACUGCACGAACAGCGCAGGUCUCACGACGGUGGACCCCGGGGAUGGUGCCACCAUGAUAACAAUUAACAUUUUCAUGACAUUCAUGUUUGCCCUGUACAACAUCAUCAGAGGUUGAAAAAUAAAGAAAUAAAACGAAACGUA